ACUUCUUGAGAGGACUGAAGAAAGUCAAACUCCAGAGAGGGGCGAGAGAAGGAGAAAGCAGAGCAGAGGACCGUCCGCCUACAACAUUACACCUCUGCGGACACCCGAGGAUUAGUAAAGUCCAGAAGAGCUCUGCAUCCUCCAGCUACAACACUGACCUGCGAGAAGAGCUUGCGGUGGAUGUAAGAGCGCUCACAGGCAGAAGAAAUGAGAAGAGGAACAGUGAAAGAGCCGCUCGGAUGCCAGCGCAACUUCACACGGAUCAUCGUGUUGCUCGUAGUCAGCUGCGGGGCAGAGAUUCCUUCAGACCCAAACGUGGUGGCCGCCUCCAGUUGGAACAUGUCCAGUGGCACUGAAAGAGAUCACUUUCUCAGGCUGGAUGCUCCAAUGAAUAACAUCACUACCUCCCUCGGACAGACAGCUGAGUUACAUUGCCACGUUUCAGGGAAUCCACCACCCACAGUCCGCUGGCUUAAAAAUGAUGCCCCUGUGGUCCAGGAACCGCGGCGUGUCUCUUACAAGCCCACUUCGUACGGCUCCCGCCUAAGAAUCCGAAACCUGGACACCACAGACACCGGCUACUUUCAGUGUGUGGCUACCAACACCUAUGACACAGUAUCUACCACAGGAAUCCUGUUUGUCAAGUUUGAUCCGGCUCCCACCCCUCUGCCUGGAAGGCCUUCACCAGAGGAUUUUGAAGAGGAAGGUUUCUGCCAGCCGUAUAGAGGGAUUGCGUGUGCUCGCUUCAUAGGAAACAGGAGUAUCUUCGUGGACUCGCUGCAGAUGCAGGGCGAGAUCGAGACCCAAAUCACAGCGGCGUUCACCAUGAUUGGCACCUCCAAUCACCUGUCAGAUCGCUGCUCCCAGUUCGCGAUCCCAUCCUUGUGCCACUUUGCCUUCCCCACAUGUGACCGCAGCUCUGGCAUGGACAAACCACGCGACUUGUGCAAGGACGAGUGUGAGAUUCUGGAGAAUGACCUGUGUAAGACAGAGUACAUCAUCGCUCGUUCCAACCCCCUCAUCCUCAAGCGCCUCAAACUGCCCAACUGUGAAGACCUGGCCGCUUCGGACAGUCCCGAGGCUGCCAACUGCAUGAGAAUAGGCAUCCCAAUAGCAGAGACCAUAAAUAAAAGCCACAAAUGUUAUAACAACAGUGGUUCAGACUACCGCGGGACAGUCAGCGUGACUAAAUCUGGUCGUCAGUGUCAGCCGUGGAACUCGCAGUAUCCCCACAGCCACAUCUUCCUGGCCAUGCGUUACCCAGAGCUCAACGGGGGACAUUCCUACUGUCGCAACCCCGGCAACAAGCAUGACGCUCCCUGGUGCUUCACCCUAGAUGAGAGUGUGCGCAUGGAGCUCUGCGACAUUCCUCCAUGUGAUUUGCCCAAGCAUGGCAGCAGCAGUAUGGGGAUCCUGUACAUCCUGGUACCAAGCGUUGCUAUACCGCUAGCCAUCGCCCUGCUGUUUUUCUUCAUCUGUGUGUGUCGAAACAACCAGAAAGCCUCACGUCCACCAGCCCCACGCCAGCCCAAACCAGUACGUGGUCAGAACGUGGAGAUGUCCAUGCUCACGGCAUACAAACCAAAGAGCAAAGCCAAAGAGCUUCCUCUGUCUGCAGUUCGCUUCAUGGAGGAGUUGGGCGAGAGCAACUUUGGUCAAAUCUACAAAGGCCACCUGUACCUGCCAGGCAUGGAGCAAGCUCAGCUAGUGGCCAUAAAAACACUGAAGGACGUCUCAAGUGCACAACAUUGGGGCGAUUUCCAGCAGGAAGCAUCUGUCCUGGCAGAACUUCAUCAUCCCAAUGUGGUUUGUCUCCUGGGUGUUGUGACCCAGGAGCAGCCCGUUUGUAUGCUCUUCGAGUUCCUAGCUCAAGGGGACCUCCACGAGUUUCUCAUCAUGCGCUCUCCCCACUCAGAUGUGGGCUGCAGUAGCGACGAAGACGGAACCGUCAAGUCCAGCCUCGACCAUGGAGACUUUCUUCACCUGGCCAUUCAAGUCGCAGCUGGGAUGGAGUACCUCGCAAGCCAUUUUUACGUCCACAAAGACCUUGCAGCAAGAAACAUCCUGGUUGGUGAGCAACUUCACAUCAAGAUCUCCGAUCUUGGCUUGUCAAGAGAAAUCUACACCUCAGAUUAUUACAGAGUCCAGCCCAAAACGCUUCUUCCUAUUCGCUGGAUGCCACCAGAAGCCAUCAUUUAUGGGAAGUACACAACAGACUCUGACAUUUGGUCGUUCGGUGUGGUUCUGUGGGAGAUCUUCAGCUUCGGCCUGCAGCCCUAUUAUGGUUUCAGCAACCAGGAAGUGAUGGAGAUGGUGCGGAAGAGGCAGUUGCUGCCCUGCCCGGAGGAUUGCCCCCCUCGCAUGUACGUGCUGAUGACCGAGUGCUGGCAGGAGGGUCCCGCUCGACGGCCGAGAUUCAAAGACAUCCACACCCGACUACGAGCUUGGGAGGGUCUGUCCUCUCAUGCCAGCUCCAGCACACCAUCCGGAGGCAACGCCACCACCCAGACUACCUCUCUGAGCGCCAGCCCCAUCAGCAACCUCAGCAGCCCGCGCUAUGCUGGAUACAUCUACGGACAGAGCCUCCCACCGGGACAAAUCGCAGGCUUCAUGGCAGCACAGAUGCCUCAAAACCAGCGUUUUAUACCUGUAAAUGGAUACCCUAUCCCAACAGGCUAUGCUGCCUUCCCUGCUGCCCAUUUCGCUCCAACUCAGGGCCCUCCACAGGUGGUGCAGCACUGCCCUCCGCCGAAGAGCCGGUCACCCAGCAGCGCCAGCGGCUCAACCAGCACGGGUCACGUGACCAGCGUCCCCUCCACAGGCUCCAAUCAUGAUGCCAAUACACCUUUGCUUUCUCAUUGUGUCACUCUGACACCCAUGACAGCAGUGCCAGGUGGCACAAUGGCAGUUUUUGGACAUAUGACACAGAAGUCUAUGCAAAUAGACCCAAGUCAAGCAGCACUGCUGGCUGACACUAACAGACUGAUGUACAGUGAAUCCUUCAUUACUGCCGAUUUGUGAAUACAUGUGUUGUCCUGUAUAUUGAUUUAUUGAAUUAUUGAUAUUUUAAUGUUUUUUUUUUUCUUCCUUGUAAAUAUGAAAUAGCCUGAACAAAAUGCGAAAGUUUAUAUUGUAAUGCUGUUUUAUAAAUGUGUUUUAAAGGAAACUUGUAUAUUCACAAAUGCUCUGUGAAGUUCAUGCCACUUUUUCAACUUAGUAUGACUAAACGUGGCCUUAAAAUGUGCUUUUUUUCAACCAGAACUUUGAAAUCAUGCUCUUUCUCAGUUAUUUUCGUCAGAGCUGUGGGUUUAUCACCAGUUUUGCCUUCUUUUUCACUCAUUGACGAUUUCCUGGAAGGCUUCAGAAUGUCUUGGUCUCUGUCCCGUCGUUGUAUUUUGGACUUAUUGAAUCUGUUUAAUUGCAUUAAUAUUGCAUUGAAAUCCAACCCUGUAGCCGACGUUCCCAAAUGAAGGGAAUAGUUUUGCAAAAAUAUAUCACUGAUGCCUUAACAUGAAACAAAAAGUGGUAAGACUUUCUUUGUAACCUGUGUUUAUAAUACAUUAUAAAGGUAUUCUUAAGGCAUUAUAAUUAAUGCAUAAUGCAUUAUUAAAAAAAUAAAAUAAAAUUAUAAUAUGCUGUAUCAUCUCAUAAAUAAACAUAAAAAUAAUAAUACUUACACAUUUGUGGUUAUAACUUUUAAGAGUAUGAUUAUUUAUAACACACACUGAAUGCCAUUUUAAAUCCACUUAAUUUAUAAUGGCUUAUCUCAUUUCUUGGUAUUGUUUAUUUAAGUUCUGCACAUUAUCUUUCUACAUCUUGUGAGUGGUUAGGAAUGGUUGAGUGUUUUUCCUGUGAGGUUAAUGUUAAUUUUACUGUGAGCUAGUUUAAUCUCAGUUGCAAAGUUAUUUAUCAACAGUUGUCUAAAGAGUACCAUCAAAAUAACCAUACUGAUAUUACAAUAAAAAUAGUUCAAAACAAAUGUGUACACAUUCAUCUGAUCUGAUAUCUGAUUUUAUGGCUGUAGUAGUAGUAGUAGUAGUAGUAUUUAUAAGUGAUCUUUGUCUGCUUUAAGUAAAGUGAACUACUUUAGUUAACUUGAAGCAGACAAAGAUCACUUAUAAAUAAUAAGACCACAUCAUAAAGCCUUUUGGAUGUUUUCAUGAAGACUUUGCAUUUGUCAUUUUAAGGUAAAAACACUAAUAAGAUGUACUAGGUUAUUGUGCAGAUCUUAAACAAUGGCAAGAUAUGAGACUUAUAAUACAUUAUAACUAUGGGAAAUAUGAUUCAUUGUAACUUAAGUGAAUGCAACGUGUUCAUUGUGUGUUAUAACUCAUCAUACUCUUAAAAGCUAUAACCACAAAUAAGUAGGUAUUAUAAUACAUGAAAAGUGUUCUUAUGAUUAUUUAUGAAUUGAAACAACGUAUUAUUAUGCAUUAUUCAUUAAUUAUGAUGCCUGAAGAAUACCUUUAUUAUGAAUUAUAAAUUUGGGCUUCAUAGAAAGUGUUACCAAAAAGGGUUGCUUUAAUUAUAGCCACCAUAUGAUCCUGCAUCUUAUUAUAAAUUUAGACAUUUGUACAUGUGGGAGAGAAUGUGUUCUGUGACAUUCUUCUGUUACUGUGGUGGCAUUCAAGUCAUUGCAACACAUGAGACAUGCCGGGGCUGCGUUUGCUGUAAGCCAAUAAGCCAGUGACUUCUCAGGCAACAUUUGCGUUUCUAAGGUACAUCCUGAAACUGAUUUCAGCAGGCUUCUGAAGUGGCAUAACGGUCUAAUGAUCUACAACAAAAUAGUGAGAACUUUGGUGUUAACCAAGCAAAUAUUGAAUUUAUACCAUCUUGCUAGGAAUUAAAGUGAUAGUUCACCCAAAAAAUAUGAAUAAAAUAAAAUAAUAUUUUGUCAUCAUUUACUUAUUUUGUGUUCAGCAGAAGAAAAAAAACUAAUCUAGGUUUGAAACAACGUGAGAAUGAGUAAAUUUUGACAAAUUUUUAUUUUUGGGUGAACUAUCACUUUACAUAAAAAGCUCACAAUACUGGGCAGAAACCUACAUUUAUACACAAACUGACUGCUGCCUUUCAGGUGUCAUUUUUUUCCUUUCAGUUCAACUGUCAUGGAAUCACACACAUAUACUGGGAUAUCAUUAGCAGAUGAAGAAAUCUCAGUUGAUAAGAUGUGACACAAUCAUUGGAUUCAGAUGUGCCUUUUUGCCUUCCAACCUCCAUAUGCAGCAUUUUUUCAUCUUUCAGACAUAGCCCAGAUUGUUUACAUAAUUAUAUUUGUCAUUGAACAAUAUAGCCGAAAUUCAGGCAACCAGAAAUCAUUCACAUGAUUUCACAUGAUUUCUAUGUAUAUUCUAUAUGUGCCUUAACCCAGAGCAUAUAUAAAUAUUUUAAACUGGAUAACAUUUUAUUUGUCUAAACGAGUCGUCAAAUUUUCACAUCACUGUUUGGCAAAGCAUAUGUGAAAUCUGCCCUACAGUAUAACUGAUGCAGGACUCCUCACUACCUAUAGAAUGUAUUGUCUAAAAAUUCCUCAAGAGGUCAGUGUCACUCUGCGACUCUGAUUGAAUGAAGUUCUUUAUAUUUGUCUCAUGUUAAUACUCUAUGUGCCUGCAAUUUUUAGCUCUCAUUUGAUGUUUGUUAACUUUAUUUUCUCUCUCUCUCUCUGAAUGUGUAUCUUGUUUAAUCUCUUAAACUUUCACAGAAACAGAGAUUAAACAAAUCACUUUAGUAAGCAGCUGUAUGUCAUGGUCAUUCACAUUGUGGUUUGUUGCUAUGCAACUGUUUAUUUCAGCGACACCCUUGUGUUGAAGACAAUCAAGAAUUUAUCUUUUAUGCUGGGUACAGUGUUUGUGAAGACAUGAUUGCUUGUGACCUAUGAAAUGCCUUUUGGACAGUCUCAUGACAUUUCAUGAACAGCCGUUAUGCAUAAAAAAUCUGAUCAAUGGUUUAUUUUUAUAUGAUUUGUCACACUAUUUUACAUCAAUAUUGCAGUCUUAUUAUUGUACGACUGAACAUACAGUGUGUUGACAUUAUAAAACCCACU